CGACAUUCCUUGGACAUCAUGGCUAAUUCUGGGAAAACGACAUCCUCUAGGACAUCCAAGCCGUCAAAGGAGGAGCUGAACCCUCGCACCACGGAACUGGACAUCUUCGGCGCGCCAGGAGCUCUCGCUGUCUCGAUCAUCGCACCGACCGUUUCCUACUUGCUUUAUUACGGAUGUUCGGAAGAGGCGGGCUGUGCUCCACGGUUCAAUGCUGGAUCCAUCGUUUCCUUCUUGGUUGAAGGACGGUGGAAGACGCUCUGGGACCCGGAAGCGACCAUCGCCUACCUUCUGUGGUACGCGUUUUGCGUUGCGUGUUGGUUCGUCAUCCCUGGAGAGUGGGUGAAAGGGACACUUCUGCGGGAUGGGACGAGGAAGGAAUAUAAAAUGAACGGAUUUGGAACGUUCGUCGUUGCGAUUUCUCUCGCCAUUGGAUCCAUCGUCAAGUACGGUCCUGGACCGAUGACUUACAUCUACCACAAAUGGGUCGAGCUGGCCUUGGUCGUGUCCUUCGUGCAGGCCGUUAUUGUCUACGGAAUGUCUUUCAUGCCUGGAAAACUUCUCGCCUUGGGCGGAAACUCUGGAAAUGUGAUCUACGACUGGUUCAUCGGCAGGGAACUCAAUCCCUCCAUCGGUUCUUUCGACAUCAUGUCCUUCAAUGAACUUCGCCCGGGCAUGAUCCUCUGGGCUCUCAUCGACGUUUCCAUGAUUUGCGAACAAGCUGUGCGCCGAGGAGGCUUUUCGAAAGUGACGGACUCGAUGUGGCUCGGAUCGGCCUUCCAGAUCUGGUACAUCGCGGACGCCUUGUACAACGAGCCUGCCCUCCUCACUACCAUCGACAUUAUCUCGGACGGCUUUGGCUUCAUGCUGUCGUUCGGCGACCUGGUCUGGGUCCCAUUCAACUACGCACUCCAAACUCGCUAUCUUGUUUUCAACCAGGUGGAGCUUGGAGUAUCCGGUGUCCUGCUAGUUCUUGGUGUCAACUUCCUCGGAUAUUGGAUCUUCCGCUCGUCGAACGGCGAAAAGAACGACUUCAGAAACGGCAAGAAUCCUAAAGGGCUUAAGUACAUCGAGACUGCCACUGGCUCAAAGCUCUUGAUCUCAGGAUGGUGGGGACUGUCCCGCCAUCCUAACUACGUCGGAGAUAUUAUCAUGGCCUUUGCGUGGUCGCUUGUCACUGGAUUCUCGACCCCGAUCACCUAUUUCUACCCCAUCUUCUUCACAUUCUUCUUGAUGCACCGUCAAGCUCGAGAUGAAGCGAAGUGUCAGGCUAAAAUGAUCUUGUACUCUGUUGCAAUUCCGUUCUUGGUCUGCACUCGAACCAACUUGUCCUCCCAUCCGUCCUUGUCAUCCCCAAUCCCUCCAACCUGUGAUUUUCCGUCGCUCUCUUUCCAAGCCACUAUAAGCCAUGUCCCCCAGGAACCUCCCUGCGCAUUCCCGGGUAAUCCGUGUGGGUUCCCUGCUGACUCGCCAGUACUAGUAAUACUUGUGACCGAUGCUGCCAGCAGUAGCAGAUGA